AUGUCGGAAUAUACAGUCGAGGUUACGUGUGGGGGUGGAAAUGAAUAUGAUGGACGAAUAGGAAUACGGAUAUCCUCGAUAUUCGUUAUAGGAUUUGGUUCGAUGUUGGGUGCUCUUUUACCAAUUGCUGCCGCCAGAACACAAAGGUUGAGGGUCCCACCUCUGGCAUUCUUCAUUACUAAAUAUUUUGGAUCGGGUGUCAUUAUAUCUACGGCUUUCAUACAUUUACUAGCUCCCGCUUCGGCCAAUCUGACCUCCCCAUGUUUAACGGGCCCAAUCACACAAUAUGAUUGGGCUGAAGGAAUUGCCCUUAUGACAAUCUUCAGCAUGUUCUUCAUUGAGCUCAUGGCAUCAAGAUUUGAUGUAUUUGGUGAGGAUAGUCAUGAUCUGGAAUCUGCCGAUCCAGCAAAGGACCUUAUGAGACGAAACACCCGAAAUGAGAAGGGUGAGGCAUCAAGAACAUCUCCACCACCAGGAGGUAACAACCACAGAGUUGCGGAUAACUCUCAAGCAUCUAAUACCGUACUAGAACAUAACAACGAUAGCUCGAGUACUCGGAUACAGUCAUCUGGGGAAGAGCCAGCCAGAGGGAGGUCUAGUAUCCCAGGACGACCGGAUGAUUUGUCAUACCCUCCUGGAGGCGAAGAUCAUCUCGGACAUCAGAGGGAACAUCAUGAAGAUGAUGACCACUUUGCUGCUCAAAUGACUGCACUUUUCAUUCUUGAAUUUGGUGUUAUAUUUCACUCCAUAUUCAUUGGUCUCACACUUGCCGUCACAGGUGAGGAUUUCAACCUUCUCUACAUCGUCCUUGUCUUCCACCAAACAUUCGAAGGACUCGGUCUUGGAGCUCGACUUGCCACGGCUCGUUGGCCGAAGAAUAAGGGCUGGAUGCCAUGGGCUUUAGGAUCUGCUUAUGGCUUUACAACACCCAUUGCGAUUGCUAUUGGUCUGGGUGUUCGUACAACAUUUGCACCAGGCAGUCAGAAGACCAUGAUUAUCAAUGGUGUAUUUGAUUCCAUCAGUGCCGGAAUCCUUAUAUAUACAGGUUUAGUGGAGUUGAUGGCACAUGAGUUCAUGUUCAACCAGGAGAUGCGGAAAAGCUCAAUGAAAAUGAUGUUUUUUGCUUUCGGAUGCAUGUGUGCAGGAGCGGGUUUGAUGGCAUUAUUAGGAAAGUGGGCGUAA